CGAAUGGAGGUGGCGCUAGUAUCGCAUUUUUGACGUUUCGAAAAAUUCGCAUAACCAAAUAUGGGCUUUCUCAUAAACUCUACGGUGAUCCAGAUAUGUUCAGCAAAUAGAUAACGUUCUCUAGCCUAGCAAAAUUGUAAAUUAUUAAAUGUAAACACAAUCAACGUCGAUUUUAGUUAGUUUUUUUGCGGAUUAUCAAGAUGUCUUUUCGGGUGGUGCGUUCCUCUAAAUUUCGUCACGUCUAUGGUCAAGCUCUUAAAAGAGAGCAAUGCUAUGAUAACAUAAGAGUUUCCAAAAGUUCAUGGGAUUCAACGUUCUGUGCUGUUAACCCUAAAUUCUUAGCAAUUAUCGUUGAAAGUGCUGGGGGAGGUGCUUUCAUAGUUUUACCACACAAUAAGGUCGGCCGCAUAGCAGCUGAUCAUCCUCUUGUGGGGGGGCAUAAGGGCCCCGUUCUCGACAUCGCUUUCUGCCCCCACAACGACAAUGUUAUUGCCAGCGGUUCCGAAGACUGCGUUGCUAAAGUUUGGCAUAUUCCUGACGGAGGGCUGCACAAAACCCUUACGGAACCAAUCGUGGACCUGGUAUACCAUCAGCGUAGAGUGGGGCUGGUGCUUUGGCAUCCUACCGCGCUUAACGUCCUGCUGACGGCCGGAAGCGAUAACCAGGUGGUUAUAUGGAACGUGGGAACUGGAGAAGCCCUGGUGGAAAUAACAUGCCACCCGGACAUCGUCUACAGCGCAUGCUUCAACUGGGACGGCUCGCAACUGCUGACGUCAUGCAAGGACAAAAAAAUCAGGCUGAUCAACCCAAGAACGGGAGAGGUGGAAUCAGACGCCAUAUCUCACGAAGGUUCCAAAGCCACGAGGGCAAUUUUCCUCAGGCACGGUCUAGUUUUCACUACAGGAUUUUCGAAAAUGUCCGAGAGGCAGUACAGUUUACGCACGCCGGAUUGCCUAAGCGAACCAAUCGUGAUGGUGGAACUCGACACUUCUAACGGGGUGAUGUUUCCCUUGUACGACCCGGACACGAACCUGGUAUACCUGUGCGGAAAAGGCGACUCCGUUAUAAGAUAUUUUGAGAUCAGUUCGGAACCCCCGUUUGUACACUACAUCAACACCUUCCAAACGCCAGAUCCGCAGAGAGGCAUUGGCAUGAUGCCCAAACGCGGGUGCGACGUUAACUCAUGCGAAAUCAGCAGGUUCUACAGGUUGAACAACUCAGGGUUGUGCCAAGCGAUAACGAUGACGGUGCCGCGUAAGGCUGAAUUAUUUCAGCAGGACCUUUAUCCCGACACCAUCGGGGAUACUGCAGCUUUAAGUGCUGACGAAUGGAUUGGCGGGAAAGAUGCCGAGCCGAUUCUCAUAUCUCUCAAGGACGGGUACAAACCGCCCGAAUCUAAGGCGGCCAUGAACGUGACGAGGCGUACCAACGUGCUGGACAAAAUGCCGCCGAAAGGGGGGAAAUCUCCCACGGGCGCCGGCGGGUUGGGGGGCACCUCCCCCGUUGCGGACAAGACCCUCCAAGAAUUUGCCGACGAGAUCCGCAAACUGAAAGCGAUGAUAGUGAAGCACGAGAAUCGAAUUCGCGCCUUGGAAGCCGAGGCGGCGCUCAGCAAAAUGGCGGCGCCGGCGGCGGCGGCCGCCGCCACAGACGACGAGGACGGCGCAGGGGGCGGCGACGGACUGCAGACGUCGGCCGCGUCGGCGGCGGCGCAGGAACUGGCCGCCGACGAGGUGUGAGGCCUGAAGAAAGGAUCGACUGUGUCUGCUCAAUGGGUAUCCGCCUUCCAUAAACAAAAAAAUGUUUUGAUUGUCCGCUUUUUUAUACAUAAUCUUAGUUAAGCUACACACCAUUUUAUUUAUUUUUAUCAUCACAAAAAACUCUAAACAACGAAAAAUCAUCAUCAUCGACAAGUGCUCUUAUUAGAAAAAAAUCAACUAACUAUAAUAGGUCGUUUUUAUUAUUAUUAUUUAGGAACAAAAAAGUUUUAUUGAAUUAAUUAAAUGAAUUGAAUUGUAUUAAAUAGUAUUGAAUUUAUUGUUAGUAUAAAUAUAUAAAAAGUUGGUGCUAUGUCAAAUAUUUUACCAAUAAUAUUUUUGCAUUUGUUUUGCUGUAUUUUCGCGCAAUACGUAGUUAAUUAAAGUAAGGUUCAUUUUUAUCAUUGAUAUUUGACAUUUUCUAGAAAUGUAAGGUAAACGGUUUAAGUGUGCGCACGUAAUCACUGCGCACUUUUGGCCGCGCGACCCUACCCCAUUCUAAUUUGACGUACUCGAAUAAUGUAAGGUAAAACGUCCCAAGUGUGCGCACUUAUACACCGCGCACUAUUGGCCGCACCACCUUUCCAAAUUCUAAAUACUGUUAAAUGUCAAAGGAAAAGAUUAUGCCAACCAAAUAAACGAAUUUAAUAAUGUGUUACGCACAACGCUCCCCUAGCCAAAAUUGUUAGAUAUAUUUAUAUAGUUUAUGACUUUUUGAUUAAUGAAAUCGGGAAAUUUUUGAUAAUAAUUUUCCUUCACACUUUGUAUAUAUAAUUAAUUAAUAAUUUAAGUAAAGGCACUGUUGACCAAUCACAAGGAUCUGGGAAAGUAGGGUGCCAAGAUGAAAGUCUGGCGUACACUAAGGUGCUAUAAUGAAGUCUGGCGUUAAUUUUUCUUAACAUUUUGUACAAUUCGCAUUUCUUAAUAAUUUCGUAUUUCCUAGAUUCUUAAACUACGUUUAAAAUAAAUGUAAUAUAAAAGGAUUGAUAACUAACUGACAAUUAAAAAAAUAUUGAAAGUAUUUUUGACCCCUUGCCCUAUUUUUUAUACAAUCAAUUUUUAUUGUUACUGUAAUAAUAUGUAUUAUAUAUUAAAUAAUUGUUGGUAUUUUUAUAUGGAUUUUUUGUAAAUUUAUUAUUAUCAAAAAUUUCGAAAUGUGUGCUACCACAGUCUAACAAUAAUAAUGUACAUACAACGUGUAUAAAUGAUUUUGCAUUUUUUUUUUCAACUAAUAAUUGUAUUAAUUUUAUUGUUAGUAUUUUUACAAAUAUAUUGAAAAGAACACGUUUUGUUUUAUUUUUUACCUUUUUU